UUUUAUAUGUACGAACUUUCGCCGACUCUACAGUCCCACUCGUUAUCACAAGUCACAGAUUAUUGAACGUGAGCUGAUACAGCGUGGAUGCAUUCAUACACGGGUGAUUAGAGCAUAGUAAAUCUACGAGUAAAAAUGUAACUCCGAUCUAUUUAAACAUUUAAUGUCUUGGCAUUUUCCAUGUUGAUCCAGGGAUUGAAGGGUUGCGGGUGAAAUAAAUAGUUCUUGACAAAUAUGGUAAACCUUUCCUGAAAUGAGCGAUGAUUAUUCGCCGUAGUUGGCGCUCUGCCUUAACUGUUGAUGACCAGUGACAAAGUAACUAAAUACCAGGAAAGUCGAAAACUAUUUAAGAGAGGGAGUGAUCGUGGAAACAGGAGUUCAGCGGCGUGGGGGUACUCGGCAGAUGGAGUUUCGGAAACUGCUCAAAAUGACUGUGAAAACACCAAAGAUCGGAUACGGAAAGGUUGAAUGGACCAAGAGGCGAGUCGACUAGCGAAUGCUCAGAGAGAGCCCAAAAACUGAUCGCCUGGGUUAAAUUAGCCCCUGCUCUGGUGACGAGGGGUCUUUUGAAUGAGCCAUUUCUCGUUCGAAAUGAACACGUCCGUUGUGGAAAUGGACGGCGGAGUCCCGUUUUACCUUGAGACUGAAGCCAACACGUCCGAAGUGUUGUUGCCGGAAUAUUACACCGAUGACUUUGAUGAAGAAAUGCCCUGGAGCAUCGGCGACCUCCUGAUCCCCGUUGUCUACUGCCUGGUGUGUGCGGUGGGACUGCUCGGCAAUUCCUUGGUGGUCUUCACCAUUGUCCGACAUGUCAAGAUGAGGACAGUGGCCAACAUUUAUAUAUUGAACCUGGCCCUGGCCGAAGGCUUAUUUAUGCUGGGUCUACCAUUUCUGGCGGUGCAGAUCGCUCUCCACCGGUGGCCAUUCGGCCACUUCAUGUGCAGACUGGUGAUGGUCGUGGAUGGCAUUAACCAGUUCACCAGCGUGUUCUGCAUCACGGCGAUGAGCGUGGACAGGUACGUGGCCGUUGCCCACCCCAUCAGAUCUUCUAAGUGGCGCACCCCGAACCUGGCAAAGAUAGUCAGCGCCGUCCUAUGGUUACUCUCCUUCAUCCCCGUGAUCCCCAUGGCCAUCUAUUCGGGCGUGGAUGACACUGUGGAUGUGUGCACCUUAAUCUGGCCGGAGCCCAUAUUUGUGUGGAACACGUCCUUCGUUGUCUGUGCCUUCGUGGUGGGCUUCGUGCUGCCCUUCGCCAUCAUCUCGCUCUGUUACAUCUUGAUGCUGGUGAAGUUGAAGACCACCUUGGUCUCACGGCACAGCCGGGAGUCAGCCAGCUCGGAGAAGAAGAUGACCGGGAUGGUGGUGACCAUAGUGGUGGUCUUUGCCAUUUGCUGGCUCCCUUUCUACACCAUCAACAUCUGCGUGGUCUUCAUGACCAUCCCCCAGCACAUCUCCUUGAGGAAGCUCUUCCAGUUCACGGUGGCCCUCUCCUACAUCAACAGUUGCGUCAAUCCCAUCCUCUAUGUUUGCCUGUCCGAAAGUUUCGGGAGAGCUUUCCAGGCGAUGCUGUGCCCCAAACUCGUGCAAGGGGCGAAGGUUGCAAGAGGCUCCGACGCGGGGGAUCAACAAACGGGCGACCUGAUGGAGUCGCAGCCAACACUCUCCGGCGGGGAAUUGGAGAGUGCGCUCCGAUAGAGACACGGCUCCCGGUGUCCGGCUCCUCCCGCAAGCAGAUCCUCCAAAAGUCCCCAGUUAAAUAAAUCACCAAUGCAGAGUAUCUAUUGCGAACGGACGGGAGGACGGGUCCGGGCACUUGAGGCCGGGGGGCGACAUGAAUCAACACAGAGGACUUCAUGUGUAGGAAGGAUCCGCAGAUGCUGGUUUAAACCGAAGAUAGA